AUGAAUAAUAUUAUAGCAAAAGAUGGCCUAUUUGGUUUUUAUAAAGGCGUACAAGCUAAUUUAAUGACAACUAUUUGCGGAUCUUCAGUAUUGGUUACAUAUGAUAUUAUUAAGUUCCGCUUUGAUAAGCUAAUGGAGUCGUAUUCCAAAGACCUUGAUUCAACGUUUACGUUCAGUGACAGAAAUAGUAUAACAAAUCAUUCUCAAUAGAAAUCUCGCACUGAUAACAUCGUACUGUGACACGUGGAGCGCUCAAUUUUAAAUAUGCUGCACGUGGAAAAUCAUAUUGAUAAUCAUAAGGAAAGUGGCAUGGAUCACUUAAGAAAUAACAUUUGUAACAAUUGUAUAACCACUGAAAAUGUUCGUGAAAGUCAUGUACUUGUUCUUUAUACUGGCGGUACUAUUGGCAUGAUUAGAAAUGAAAAUGGAGUUCUUGUACCUAAACCAAACGCUUUUGUGAAAAAAUUACGAAAUUAUCCACAUAUGUACGAUCGAGAAUACACGGAAAAACGAUUUGGAUCGAUGGGACCGCUGGUACUUCCAAUGACUGCAACGGAUAGUAGACGUGUCAUUUAUAAUGUAUUAGAAUAUUCACCACUCUGUGAUUCUAGUAACAUGACUAUGGACGAUUGGAUACACAUUGCUAAUGAUAUUAAGCAAUCUUACGAAUAUUUUGAUGGAUUCAUUGUUCUACAUGGAACGGACACAUUAAGUUAUACAGCAUCUGCUUUAUCUUUUAUGCUUGAAUCUCUGGGUAAAAUAGUUAUUUUAACUGGCUCUCAAGUUCCAAUUUUUGACAGCAGAAGCGAUGGUUUGGACAACUUCCUUUCAUCUCUAAUAAUAGCCGCAAAUCAUAACAUACCGGAAGUAUGCGUAUUCUUCGGAACGAAUUUGAUGAGAGGAAAUCGUACUUGCAAAAUAUCGGCCACCUCAUUCGAAGCGUUCGAUUCACCGAAUUUCCCACUUUUGGCCAAGGCCAACAUCAAUAUAGAAGUGAAUUAUCGAACAAUAUUUCGACCGUGUACAUUAGAAAAGUUUUAUGUACAUACAUCUUUGAAUAGAAAUGUUGGAUUGAUUCGAAUAUUUCCAAGUAUGACCACGGAUUUGGUAAAAACAUUUUUACAACCCCCUAUUGAAGGUGUUGUGUUGCAAUCUUAUGGAACAGGAAAUGUUCCUUCAAAUCGAGAAGAUAUAAUUAAAGAAUUGUCCGCAGCUACGAAACGCGGAGUUAUCAUCGUUAAUAUUACACAAUGUUCAACGGGCCAUGUUUCAAAUUUGUAUGAACCUUCCAAAUUUCUUUACGAUGCUGGUAUAAUAUCAGGUUUCGAUAUGACACCUGAAGCUGCGUUGACUAAACUCGCUUACGUACUGUCAAAGGAAGAAUGGGAUAUGCAAACGAAACUCGAAAUGAUGCAAACGAAUCUACGCGGAGAAUUAACUGCAGGACGACCUCCACAUCUCGAAGAUUUAGAUCUAGUGGAGGCCGUUGCAAGAUCUUUAAAAAUCUCUUCGACGGCAGAAUAUCAAGAAUUGGGAUCAAUUCUUUUUCCUGCGAUGUUAAAUGCCGCCGUGCGAAGUCGCGACAUAAUAAAACUCGAAGCCUUGAAAACAUAUGGCGCAGAUAUUUCGCAACAAAAUGCAGACGGUCGCACAGCUUUACAUAUUGCUUGUUGUGAAGGUGAUUUAAAUAUUGUUCGCUGUCUUUUACGAAUGGGUGCAAACGUUCAUAUCAAAGAUCGAUUUAAUCGCACUCCUCUUACUGAUGCGAUAGAAUUUGAUCAUCAUGAGAUUAUUAAAAUUCUAAUGCAGUGCGGUGCACAUUUACACGGAAACGCAUGCAUAAUAGGGGAGAAAAUGUGUAUUGCGGCAACCACUGGAAACGUGAAACGUUUAAAAUCGUAUCAAUUGGCAAACGCGCUACUCUCGCAGAAAGAUUUUUCUGGAAGAACCCCAUUACAUUUCGCAGCGCUGCAUAAUAGAACACAAGUUAUCAAAUUCUUAAUGGAAUACAACGUAGAUAUGAUAUGUUUUGAUAAAAUGAAUCAAUCGCCGUAUGAUCUCGCCAUAGCAGCUGGUUCCACAGAAGCAGCGAUAUUGUUAUCUCCUCCGAAAUUAUCUGACGAAUUGAAUUCACCGAAUUAAUUAUAAUUACCAACUAUAGUUGUACAGUAUAUAACUAUAGUUACUAAUUAUAGUAAAAAAAUCUCGAAAUGAAAGUAAAAUAAUUGCUAGCUCGUAGUUCGCUAUAAUACAUAAAUAGUAUAAAAUGAAUAUCUAUUUUUGUAUUUGUAUUCGCGUUCUAAUUCAAAUAAUACGACGAUGACAAUUCUAUGACGAGCAGCAAUAUUUUUUUAUACUAUAAUUGCAAAAACAACAUACCACGAAAAUACGUUAAUUUGUCACAAAAGCAUCGUUAAGCAUUAAGCAUACAAUAGUUUAACAAAAAGUGAAAGUUUCAAAAUAAUGAUGAUUACAGCUGGAUCGUGUAGCAGUGCACGCGAAGAUAUUUCAUAGUAGGUGAGUUAAAAUAAUAACGUAUUUCCUUAUAUUAUGAACUAGAGGAGUAAAAAUCUCUGAAAAAUUUUUUAAAUUAUAAACAAAAAUAUUUUUUUUAUAUUUAUCCAACAAUAAAAUAUAUUUUAUAUCAUUAUACUAUUCCAAACUCGUCCAUGAUAGUUUUUAGAAAUUUUGGUGUUAUUAAACACUCCUUAUAAGUAUAAGCACAAUCAUGAUUUCCUUUCCGUCCGGUAAUCACAGCAUCUUGAAUAAUUGUACCAUUUGUGAUGUCUUUGAACCAAUUAUGACUGUAUGAAUAUUAAAAUAUUUUCAUAAUAUUAAA